CGUGACUAAAACGUUGACGAAUGCGGAAUAAAACCCACCAUGCGACAAAACGCGUUCAACCCAGGAGGCACCGAACCAGCCGAAGCAACGGGCACAGCAUUCGAGAUCCAGAGCGCUUCGGCGGCGGCGAUGCAGACGAUGACGAUGGUGGACGAGGAGAAGCGGCAGCGCAAACUCGUGUACAACCGCAACCUUCUGCGGCAGAAGCGAUGCAAAUACUUGUCCGAACGACAGGCUCUUAUGGAUGAACUGGCAGCGCUCGAGGCGAAGCUCGAGACAACGCUAGCGACGGCGAAGCCGCCGCUCUUGUCGUGGCGAGACGUUAUGGUCGGCCUGAAGGACGAUCGCGAGCUUCAAGAGCGCGUGUCUAGAGAACUCCUGGCCAAGUACCACACGAACAAGGAGAUAUUUCGGUUUUUGUCCAAGUGGGCAAACCAAGUCAUCACCCCACAAAUCGAACAGCCGCUGCCAGCCACAGACACUUGGCGUAAUGUGACGCUGCUCCAGAACACACAAGCGCGACGCCUUGGCAUGGACUGGAUCACCAAGCAGCUGUACUACAACACGGACCGGUGCUUCUUCCAGCAUGGCGUCCCGGCAUCGUCGCCAGUCGAGUCGAGUGUGUCCGUGAACGACUUCCAGGUCAAUUUUUCCCCCACCAACGACGCGCUGUCGUACGUUUGGCGCUUCCAAGACGAGUUCAACAUGGCGUUCGAUCCGUUCCGCGAUGCAUUACGGGAUACAGUUGACGAAUUCGUGAUGGGUGGGCUCUGGAACAGCCGCUUCAGCUGCUUUUUGGACGAAUGCAUUGUGCCGGGCGGGACCAAAUACGCGCGCAGCAUCCGCAGUCCAGAGGAAGCUGUCAACUACCUCGUCCGCGAAUUUGCCGACACAUCCAUGGGCAACGCGGGCCAUGGCCAACGCGUGGUUUUUGCCGGACGAAACAUCCUCGACGACGAGAACCAGCCGCAGUCCCAGCGGCAGUCGCACCGCAUCUUUUGGUACGCGCUGGAAAAGUUGUCGCAGAGUCGGACCAAGCUACGUAUCCUCAUUCUCAAGUCGCAAGACUUCUCGAACAAGGGAUAUGUAUCCCUCGACGAUGAAGCCAAGUACUGGGGGUGUGACCUCAAGCCAUGUCCGGAGCACCUCAAGCUCCAGACAUUUCGAGCGCAUGCACACAACGCAGGCAAGUCGCUGUUGGCACACGGCGUGUUUGAGAUGCAGCGGCGAAUGCUGCAGGUAUCGUCUCCGACUAAAAGAACUAGCAGCUGCAGCAGCACCAGUAGCAGCCCCCCCAGUAAGCAGUAUUAAGUAGAACGUUUGCCUCAUCCCGUGCAUGUCGUCGAUGCAUGAAACACUCGCUGCCGAUCGGGCUCGUGGAAGCCCUUCAAACGAGGGGCUUGGUCGUUUAGGUGGGAUACGGAGCCGCUCCGCACCACUUUCCUGGCCGUCGAAAGCAAGUGCGUCUCUCCAAAGUCGAACCGCGGAGGUCGAGCUGCGCUCCAACCUGCACGUGGUCUGUAUCCAUCGGCAAGCACGUCCAAUCAACUACUCGGUGGUUUCCGAUGGCUCCAAUCCAAGACGUGCAUGCACAGGUCAUCCUGGGCAUUGUGUGCCCACGACCCCGCAUCGAUUACGAGGACGCAGCCAGCACUUGUGGGAUGUGCAAAUCGACGGCUUAUUGCCACCCCGUGCUGCGGCAUGCAGGGGGGUGGGGUUGGCUGGACGCUUUGGUUCGCUCGAGGGGAGGUGCUAGUGCGCAUCGG